AUGGGUCUACUCAUGGCAUCUACACCAUCAUCCAGCGUUACUCACACUUAUACCAACGAUGGACCUUUCGAGCUGCCAAACACCUCACAGGCGCCUGCUGGGGUAGAGGCAUACCUCGUGAUACUGCAAGCCUACGGAUCCCACAUUGCAGCAAUCAUGACUCUGCUCGAGAGCUGGCAGAGAGACUCCUUUCCCUACCAACGAUGGGAGACACAGGUGUACUCAUGGAUGACACGGAGCGCUCGCAUCACUGCUCUUAAGGACACGCUGACCGAACUUGGCACAGUCUUCAUACGAGCAGAUCCAAGACUCCCUCACGUCACCAGAUUCCAGGUCGAUAUGUACUGGCUUGAUGUAAUAAACGCUGAGUACUUGCUCGGCAGGAUAGAAGCCGACCUAAAGAUAUGGUUCGAUGCGCAGUCUGAGUAUGUUCAGGAGGUCUUUCUGAUGGGCCAAGACCCAGCAGCGCUGCAAGAUCACCUCCAGAAAAGAGAGAAGUACCAGCACCUAGACGAUGGGGAAGAGGAAGCCAUGGCUAGCCAAUGUUUACCGAGAGAUGCCCUUUGA